AUGGUUGCCAACCACGCCGGCGCAAAAGACUUGGCUUGUGGGAUGCACAAAGCGGCGGAAAAACCCAAAGGGGUUCAUACGACACUGAAGUAUUAUGGAGGUGACCCCAGCUUGCCAUUGGAACCUACCAUCAUAGGAGGUCCUGAGCCUCCCAAAUGGGCGCCUAAGGUCGAUUCUCCGGUGAUAAUCACUGACGUUACCGAUAAUGAGGACCAAUACAAACUCAUGACACAUGGAUUCCAGUACGCAAAGCAUAAAACCCAAUUUGAAUCUGUUUUGCCGGAGUUGAAGAAUCGUAAUGGCUGCACCGAGCCACUUAAUGAGACCACGAAAGCACACUACGAUGAGAUGCACACGUUUUUGGAAGAUAUUCUAUCAAAACAAGAGAAUCUACCUAAACCAUCGCUUAUACGUAUUCUAAUGCACACCAACCGAGUCUCUCAGGUUGGGCAGAAAGGAACGUUGGGCCCCAUUUAUAACGUUCAUGUUGACCAGUCUGCAUCAGCCGCUGAAGUGCUUGCUCAUCGAUGGCUUGGUGAAGAUGCAGCUGAGUUACUCGCGAAACCCAGGUUCCAAAUUAUAAACAUGUGGCGGCCUUGCAAACCUAUCACUCGGGACCCAUUCGCGGUGUCGGAUGCAACUACGAUCCCGGACUCGGACUACAUCAAGGUCCCUUUCGUUUACCCGGACCGUACAUCUGAGUUGCUGGAAGUGUGUCCUGCAGCCAAUCCUGAAAGGCCUCAUCGAUGGUACUUCAAGGACAACCAACAAACUGAUGACGUGGUUCUAUUCAUUCAGGCUGACACAACGAAGCGACCUGGGGCUGUAAGACGAUGCCCCCAUGCUGCUUUCAAAGAUCCACGACUAGAAGAGUCGAAAGAAGAUCCGAGGGUCAGCAUUGAAAUAAGAGCUAUGGUUGUCUAUGACCAUGAUAACUUUGAUGUCGAGUGA